AUGGCGACAGAGGUGUAUGCGACGCCGGCAAGGCCAGUGCCUGGUGUCUUCCCAAACACACCGGCAACAGCGGCGCCCAUGAGGCAACCUUCCUUUCGAAACGGCCACCCUCAGCAGCAGAAUAACUCACCGGGCAUCGGUUUGCAGGUCGCUCCGGCGCAGCAGAAUCAACAACAACAGCAGCCGCCGGCGCCGGAGGCACUGAAGCCAGAGCAAAGAGCAGCGAGAUACAUCAACGAAGCUCUUGCUGACGAAGCUCAGUUCGCAGACAUCGAUACAUACCUGCCGCCUGGCCCAUCCUCAGAAUAUGAAGUUCAGACAGCGCUCACAUGGGCGCCCUUCCAGCGAGCACGUACCUACCCCAUACCAGAUCAGGUGUUUGAACAGUACAACCAUUCGAAUCUCACUACGUUGAUGGGUCUGUUCGCCGAGCUGAAACAUGCGUGGGUAUCUAUCGACAAUGGGCUGUACAUAUGGGAUUACACAGCGAACAAUCCGGAAUUAUUUGGUUUCGAGGACCAGCCACACAGCAUCACAGCGGUCGAGCUGGCAGUCCCUAAGGCGGGCGUUUUCCUCGAUACGGUCAAGAACAUGAUAGUGCUUGCUACAACAUCCGAGAUGAGCCUUCUUGGGCUGGUGACUGAAGUCGUGGGAGGUGCGCCGCAGCUCUCUGUGAUCAAGACGGGCAUGUCAACGUCGGUGAGAGGCAUGGAUGUGUCAGUCAUUGCGCAUUCGAAGAAGACGGGCAGGAUAUUCUUCGGUGGCACCACAGACAACGACCUCUACGAACUCACGUAUCAGCAACAGGACGGGUGGUUCUCUGGCAAGUGCUCCAAAAUCUGCCAUACACGAACAGCAGUCCAGAGCUUGACAAUGUCGCUGCCAGCGCUCGGUGGGAGGUCGUCAGAGUUCAUUGAGCAGAUUGUUGUCGAUGACAGCCGCAGCCUUGUCUAUACCCUGUCUUCGAGAUCAACGAUACGAGUCUUCUUCAUGAGGACUGACGGUACACUUGCUUUGUGCAUCACAAAAAGCCCAGGUGAUCUGUAUUCCAAAGUCUCGCAUCUGGUCACGCCUAACGAAUCACUCAAUCCUCGCGUCAAGAUUGUCGCAAUAUCCCACAUCCCCUCGCAGGAGGCUUCACGAUACUCUCUCAUGGCAACGACGGCAACAGGCUACCGAAUAUACUGUAGUACCACCAGCUCCGGUUUCUGGGGAGCCGCAAGUUCCGGCGGCCCAGCAAGCAUGGAACCUCAGCACGUUAGAGUACCGCCGUCAACACCAGCAGCUUUUGUGUCAGCCACCAGUCGUGUUCAUUCUGGAGUGCAACAAGCCUCCAACAUGCAUGCUCCUAAUCCGAUUCUGACACAAACUCGUCUCGCUCAACGCUUCUCGCCAGGAUACUUCUUCUGUUUCACGGCCAAGGACCAGAAUUCCCCAACGGAUGCACUAUUUGUGUGUACUCCGGAUGCCGGACGCGUCAUUCGGCCAGCCGAAAUGGGUCAGAUUAGCAAAUCUGCCGAGACUGCUGUCUGGAUUCCUCUCGGAAGCAGUGCAGAGGCUCUAGGAGCAUCGACGCCGUACAUUGCCCCGUCAAUACAGCCUAGGGGCUUUGGCAACGACUUGGCAGUUCAAUUUGAUCAGCCAAUACCUGAAGUUGCUGUCCUCACCAACACUGGCGUCCACAUUAUCAAGCGCAGACGUUUGGUGGACAUCUUUGCGAGCUUGGUCCGGCAAGGAGGUGGGACGGAGGGAUUCCAAAAUGAUGUCAACUACCUCAUGCGGACGUAUGGCAGGACAGAGACCCUAGCGACUGCACUAGCGGUCGCAUGUGGGCAAGGGGUUGAAGUCACUUCAGAGACUAGGUCGACCCGAAUAUUAGACCCCGACGUACUCGAACUUGCGCGAAAGACCUUCAUUGACCAUGGCGGUAAGGCAAGUUUGAAUCAGAAUCUCAUCGCGGACCGGUCAAUGCCACUCAUCGAUGCCGUCCGACCAUCACCUCGCCAUGCUGCCAUCACACUGUAUCUAUCUCGACUUCUUAGGUCUGCUUGGAGGAGCACAAUUGCCAUUGAGGUCAAGACAAAGGACACCUACGCUGUACAGCCAGUCAUCAAGCUGGACAAAUUACGCUCGAUCCAAGAAGAUCUCUCGGCUUUGCAACGAUUUUUCACAGCUAAUAAGACCUUCAUCAAAGGUCUGAGCGGACCAGAUGAUCUGCCUCAGGCUGGCUCUCGCGAUGACGAAAUUGCAAUGCAGGGAGAGCAUCGUGCACUGCAUUCCGUCAUUAAGUUCGUCGCCAACACAAUUGAGGGCAUCUCCUUCGUCCUGGUGCUUUUUGAAGAACGAGUCGAAGACAUCGUGCCAUUACUACCGGAAGCGUCCCGGCCAGAGCUCUUCAAGCUGACCUACGAGGAAUUAUUCAGCAGCAAGAGAGGCUUCGAAUUGGCGAAAGAACUCGUUAAGGGGAUAGUUAAUCGCAACAUCGCCAAAGGGUCCAACGUCGAAACUGUCGCAGAAUCGUUGCGACGACGAUGUGGCAACUUCUGCAGCGCAGACGACGUGGUCAUCUUCAAAGCCCAAGAGCUGCUCAAACGCACUGCAGAGCAGGGCGCGAAUGCAGAGUCUGCUCGCAACCUUCUCAACGACAGCUUGAAGCUAUUCGAGGACGUGGCUCACAGCCUGCCUCGUGACUACCUCAAAGCUGCAGUGAAGCAAUACUCUGACCUGAGCUUCUUCGCUGGCGCCAUUCAGUUGGUGCUAAGAGUGGCCCACGAGAUGGACAAAGCAAACGAUGCCCAGUCAUGGGCUUUGGAGGGACGCACAAACGAGGAUCCCCGAAAGGAGAAAUUUGAGUCGAGACUGAACUGCUACUCCCUUGUGCACGAUGUCAUAAUCGCAAUGGAUAAGAGCAUCGAAAAAGUACCAACCUUCACAGACGGCCGGCCGACAUUACCAACAAUUCGGCGAAACGAGGCUUAUGAUGUUAUCGCGACCUCCAACGAUGAACUCUUCCUCACCGACCUGUACGAUUGGUAUCUCUCGAACGGCUGGGCGGAUCGGGUGCUGAGUAUCGAGUCACCGUUCAUAAUCAAAUAUCUGGAGCGCAAGUCCACCGAGGACAUCGUGUUCGCAGACCUUCUCUGGCGCUACUAUGGACAGACAAGCCAGUAUCAGAAGGCAGCAAAUGUACAGAUGCAACUCGCCAUCUCUGGGUUCAAUUUACCCCUCGAUCGUCGGAUAGAGUACCUCUCACGUGCUCGCGCCAAUGCAUCAACCUACACACAAGGGGGCAAUCGCAAAACGAAACAACGCCUUCUGCAAGAGAUUGCCGAGUUCAUCGAGAUCGCCGGCAUUCAGGACGAGCUCCUCCAACGCCUCCGGGACGAGCCACGACUGAAUGCAGAAGACAAGAAAGCACUCCUCCAAAAAAUCGAUGGCCCCAUCCUGGACAUCACCACCCUCUUCAACAAAUUUGCCGAUCCAGCCGGCUACUACGAUGUAUGCCUCAUCAUCUACAACGCCGCCGACCUUCGCGACCCUUCGACCAUCAAAAGCACCUGGCAGCAGCUCCUCGAGCAGAUCCAUACCGAUGCCGCCGCCAAGGAAAGCGGCCCUCAGCCAUUCGAGCUAUUGCCGAGACCAUACGCAGCCUUGGUGGCCGGCUACGAUUCCUACUCUUACAACUCACAACGCGACAUCGCGCCCGAACACUGGGUGAUGGACAUCUUCCUCGGCCUGGGCGUGUCACACGAACAGCUUUUUGAAACACUCGAGCAGAUGUUCUGCACCGAAGACCGGCCAUUUGUGAACAAAGCCAAGGGUGAGAUAGUCAAGGAGGCGAGUUACGUGGCGGGCAAGUGGUGGAGCGAGAGUCUGCGAGCAGGAGGAACAGCGAUCUUUGGGGGCGAAGAAGCGGCGAAGCGGGUAUUGGAGUUCUUCGAGGCCGUCGUUGCCGUCGGCGGGAGGUAUGGAAUCGAGCCGGGCGUCGUGGAGAUGGCGGCGGGCGUUGUGGGAAAGAUAAGAGAGUUCCUGGACUAA